GACACCCCGGUGAUGGAAAAUCGUCAGCGUGGUUUAGAGACACCUUCUUGUCUGCGUUUCAAAAAGGCUGCUGGGCUCAGAGCCGAAGCUCCGGGGUGCUGAAAGAACAGCUCCUCCGCUCCCUGACAUCUGCAGAUAUGUUCACCAGAAUGCUAAAACUGAGGCUGCUCAAUGUUGUAGCACCUGCAUACUUCUUCAUGGCCACAGCAGUCACAUUCAUCUUGCAAUUUUGCCUCUUCAUCCCAACAAUCUUCCCGAAUCCAGAUCUAUCACUGAGGUGGUCUACAACUCUUCAUACAGUUUUUUUCAUCUACAUGAUGUUCAACGCGCUGGGGAAUUACAUAAUGACUAUUAAAUAUCCAGCUGAAAGUGCCAAUGAAACUGUUAUCCCAGCAUGUUCACCACACUGCUCAGACAAAGUGGAUGCUCACUACCUCCUCAAUGGCCGCCAUUUCUGCAAACUGUGCAAGAAGGUUAUUCUCAAGAGGGAUCACCACUGUUUUUUCACAGGGAACUGCAUCGGCAACAAAAACAUGCGCUACUUCAUCAUGUUCUGCAUCUACACAUCAUGCACAUGUUUGUACUCCUUGGUUCUUGGCGUUGCCUUUCUUACAGUUGAGUACUCCAUUUCCUUCGAGAACCCGCUGACCUUUCUGACUCUACUCCCUCUCUCCACUGGUUACUUCUUCCUGGGAACUAUCUCAGGCUUGCAGUUGUUCCUGGUCCUGAUGCUCUAUGUGUGGCUGGGCAUCGGUCUGGUGUGUGCAGGUUUCUGUUGCCAGCAGGUGCUCCUGGUGGCCCGGGGACAGACCUGGUGUCAGAUGCAGAGAGGGGAACUUGUGGAGAGUCACAGCCCCUGGAGAGCAAACCUAAGGGAUGUGUUUGGUACCCGCUGGAUCCUUGGCCUAGUGCUUCCUGUUCAAACAGUUGAGACAGGCACUGAAGACCCAGAUGCCCAUAAACAAGACUGAGUGAUAACAACUAUACAGUCAGCACUCCAUAUAGGUCCAGACAGCUGCUGUUGUAGAGAAAUUCAUCAGAAAUUCUACAUGGAUGCUUUAUAAUGUUUAAAGUUAUCAAUGAGCUAGCUAGCUGUUAGCAUACAUUCCGUUGAGAACAGAAGCCAAACAAGAAAUGUCAAAUAAGUACAUAGUAUAUAACUGUAUCCUUUAGUACAGGGAUGUUCAAAGUCAGGCCUUGAAGGUCGCCAUCCUGCAGGUAUUAGAUGCUUCACUGCUCCAGCACACCAGAGUCAAAUUAAAUGAACCUCCUCAACAGUUUGUUUAAGGUCUACCAAAGCCUGUUAAUGAGUCUUUAAUCUGUGUCAGAUGUGUUGAAGUAGGAAACAUCUAAAACCUGCAGCAGCCUUUAAAGUCCAAAGCCAGUCAUCUCUGUUUUAGUAGCUUUGCAAACUGCAAUAUUAAAAUAAAUUAAAUAUUUACUAAUUUCACCUAAACUUUUAUAUGAAGUAACUUAUAAUGAGCUGGUAAUUUAAUAAGCAUUGAUUUCUUGCAUUCUGGUAAAAAAAAAAAACACAGCUUUGCAUGCCUUCACAGCUUUGUAACGGCUUUGUGACAACCUGUGCCAUGCUACUUUCUGAAAUGAUCAAAGUGCAUUGUUCUUCAUUUCCUUAGUGGAUGCUACAUGUGACAUCCAGGAAACUAAGGGUAGUUUUCACUUUGAUUUUAAGGGCUACUGAAUGAGGAAAAUAAAGCACAUCUGCUGAAUAAACUGCCAGGCUUUUGCUAUGUUGAGCCAGAUGAUGUUUUCUAAUGAAGCUAAUGUGACUAAUAAUUUAUAAGAAUGGCUGGAAGAAAUGUGAAUUAUAUUAUCCAGGGUAUUAUUCACAAUGUGCCAUAAGGUCAUGUUUAGCAUGCUUAUAAAUGACAACAAUAAUGAGGUAUUCUUUACUCUGCUAACGAUAGGACACAGCAUUUUCAAAAUAUCAAUUUUCUGCAGCUACAUUUGAAGCAUUAAGGCAAAAAUCUUUAAA